CGCGCCGCCCGGCGCCCGAGCUGCCCGCGGGCUGGGUCCCCGCGGCCCGAGCCGCCCCGGCCGGGCCCCCAAACGAGGCCGAGAUGACUUCCAAGGAGGAUGGCAAGGCGGCGCCGGGGGAAGAGCGGCGGCGCAGCCCGCUGGAUCACCUGCCGCCUCCUGCCAACUCCAACAAGCCGCUGACUCCGUUCAGCAUUGAGGACAUCCUCAACAAGCCGUCUGUGCGGAGAAGUUACUCGCUGUGCGGGGCGGCGCACCUGCUGGCGGCCGCGGACAAGCACGCGCCGGGCGGCUUGCCCCUGGCGGGCCGCGCGCUGCUCUCGCAGACCUCGCCGCUGUGCGCACUGGAGGAGCUCGCCAGCAAGACCUUUAAGGGGCUGGAGGUCAGCGUCCUGCAGGCAGCCGAAGGCCGAGACGGGAUGACCAUCUUCGGGCAGCGGCAGACCCCCAAGAAGCGGCGAAAGUCGCGAACAGCCUUCACCAACCACCAGAUCUACGAGUUGGAGAAGCGCUUCCUCUACCAGAAGUACCUGUCACCAGCCGAUCGCGAUCAAAUCGCGCAGCAGCUGGGCCUCACCAACGCUCAGGUCAUCACCUGGUUUCAGAAUCGACGCGCCAAGCUCAAGCGGGACCUGGAGGAGAUGAAGGCCGAUGUGGAGUCCGCCAAGAAACUGGGCCCCAGCGGGCAGAUGGACAUCGUGACGCUGGCGGAACUCGAGCAGAACUCGGAGGCCGCGGGCGGCGGUGGCGGCGGCUGCGGCAGGGCCAAGUCCAGGCCUGGCUCUCCGGCGCUCCCUCCAGGCGCCCCGCAGGCCCCGGGCGCCGGGCCCCUGCAGCUCUCUCCCGCCUCCCCGCUCACGGACCAGCCGGCCAGCAGCCAGGACUGCUCAGAGGACGAGGAAGACGAAGAGAUCGACGUGGACGAUUGAGCGGCGCCCGGGAUCUUCCGCCGGGCCGGGCCCCUAAGCGCCAGUACGCCCGCCGCCUCCCGGACAUCCGGACAGCCGAGGGGAGCUGGGACCUCCUCUGCAACUCCCGCCUUCUCCCCCCAGUCCCCGGCCCGGACUCAGCUCCCGGUAGCCGCCUCCUCCCUCUCGAAGCAAUAAACCCGGGCUGGCCGGCGGGGCCGGCCGCCGCGUGCGGCCUCCGCCGCCCCGGGAGCCCUCGCCGUGCAAUUCUGUAUGGCUCCUGUAUAAAUAUUUAAACUUAUAUAGCGGAUUCUUCCGACCUCGGCCUGACUUUUUUCUUUCUUUCUUUUAUUUUUUUAAAUCUCGGAGAUUUCCAUGUUUUCCAAGCUCUCGGGCUGCUGGGUUUGCUGAGGGCGAGGCACUAUCGAGGGUAACGAACCCUGAAUCCCGCGGUCUGGAGGAGGGGCCCACCCCGACUGUUUUGAUUUUUCUCUGCAUGUGGCGAAUGCACUGGCCCUCUUCCUCCUCGCCUCCCUAGGCCUACUGCAGUUGACUUCUUUUAUUUCCUUCGGCCCUUUUCCCCCCCGGCGUGGGAAGGGGCUGAGGAGGACAGCCGGGGCCUGACUUGCAAGUUUCAAAUCGAUCUUUUCUCCCCCCUACCCUCCAGUCCGCAGAAGUCUGUUUUCGAUGCCAUUUCUGCCUCCCGAUCCCCACUAACGCUAUUUUUAAGAUUCCUCCUGACCCUCUCUCGGUUUCCUUGGAUUGACUGCUGGGGUCCGGGUCUUCAGGACAAAGCAGGGAGAAAUCCAACCAAUCAACCAACUAAAACGGAACCCAAAGCCCUAGAAUUAUUUUUUACUCUUUUUAGAAUUUUUUUGCAUGUGACAGAGACUGAGAGGAGGCCACCCGAAGCCCUCGCCCCACCUCCUCCACAGCUCUGGGUCUGACUGCAGUCUCCAACGCCCUGCUCCUGGCUCCACUUGCCCAGACAAGGGGUGACUCGAUGAGGGUGGGUCCCGCGUGCCCCUUCCCUGCUCCUGCCCUGCCCUCUCCGCCCAGGACUGUACCCAAGGCCUCUUUCUCCGAUAAAUAAAGUCUUUGCCAUUUUA